CAUUGAUGUGUUCUCUCUCUCUCUCUCUCUCUCUCUCUCUCUCUCUCUCUCUCUCUCUCUCUCUCUCUCUCUCUCUCUCUGUGAGGCAGGCAGGGCAGCAGAGUGGUGAACUCAGUGUGUUCUCACAUCUGUAUUGGGCAGGCUGGUGAGUGUGUGAGAGAGCACUGAGCAGGGAUGAGCACCAGACAGUGAGGAAGAGAACGACAGAGGAGUACAAAAAAGGAGUGCAGCUGGAGUCGGAUGCUGUGGUGAACGAGAGCUGGCAUACCUCUCUCUCUCCCUCCAUCUCACUCAGUCUGUCUCCCCCACUCCCAUGCUGUUGUGAUAGACAGCACGGCACUCUCGGCUCGGCUGCAUGGAGGCACAGGGAGGGGCAGGGAGCCCAGAGCCCAAUAAAGACAUCCAGAAGUUGCUGAAGCCCUCCAGCUCAGGAGACCUUUCCAAGGAGUUGUACCAUCACCCAGUGGGGGAAGAGGAGGGAGGGCUCCCAGGACACACCGCUGGCCUGCUGCACGUCACCGAGAGGAGACGUGAGUACCGGGAGCCUCUGAGCAGCGUGUCCUCCCUGGAGGUGCACUUUGACCUCCUGGACCUGACAGAGCUAACCGACAUGUCUGACCAGGAGCUGGCUGAGGUGUUCGCUGACUCUGAUGAGGAGAACCACAACGAGUCCCCAGCAGGCCACCACCAGCCACCCUUGCCCAGAGGAGGUUACAUGCGCUCCCCAUCGUGGACCCGUUGCAGCAAGGCUGAGCACCCCAGGGAGAGGAAGCACCACAGUGACUCCGACACCACCGCAGGGCCCUUAAUGAAGCUGGAGAGGCCUAAGCAGCCCUGAGAGCCUGUGGGUCUCGGAAAGAGAGAGGCCCAGAGAGGACACACCGAGAGCGGACACCGAGACCACACCAACUGCACCAAUCCCUGGUCCGGGCACUGAGACAACCAUGGUGCUGAAGACACUACAGACAGACUGAGCUCUCGAUGCUGUGCACUGUAUUAUAAACUUAACAUGAAACGAUGUCUGUGAGUGAAAUACACACAGACACACACACACACAUGCAAACACACACAAAAUGACACACGGAUAUCUGCAAAACCACACACACGUACACACAUGCUAUUUAUUGUGUUUUCCAUGCAAGGGGUUCCACUGGCACAAACACUGGAGGUCCAGUGUGCUUUUUGAGGCUUUGUUUGGGAUGAACAACAGGGUAGAAGGCUGUCCCAGUGUGGGGAGAAUGCUUGGCUAAAAGCCUCCCUAUCCCUGCAGCAUCUUAGGGGUGGGAGAGUGGGCUUGGAGGGGUGGGACGGACCCUGAAAUCUGUGACAACCUCGGCUACAAAAUAUCAUGUGGCGAAGUUAACGAGAAUACCCACUACAGUCAAAUGAAUGACUGGAAUAUGGAUGUCAUUAUGCGAUAGUACAGCAGGCUAUCUGGAAGUCUUCUUUGUAAUUAGAAUAAGAGUCCAACCUGAAUCUAUUGCACAAUGUUCUUCCUUAAAGUGCCAGGGCCAUCUGCUCUCUGAAUUACAUUCUGCAGGCUUUCUGUAGGUUGUAACUAACAGGAGGCAAUGUGCAGUGUUUCAGUGGGGCCACUCUCCAUCGCUCUCUGAAUUACUUUCUGUAGGUUGUAACUAACAGGAGGCAAUGUGUAGUGUUUCAGUGGGGCCACUCUCCAUCGCUCUCUGAAUUACUUUCUGUAGGUUGUAACUAACAGGAGGCAAUGUGUAGUGUUUCAGUGGGGCCACUCUCCAUCGCUCUCUGAAUGACUUUCUGUAGGUUGUAACUAACAGGAGGCAAUGUGUAGUGUUUCAGUGGGGCCACUCUCCAUCGCUCUCUGAAUUACUUUCUGUAGGUUGUAACUAACAGGAGGCAAUGUGUAGUGUUUCAGUGGGGCCACUCUCCAUCGCUCUCUGAAUUACUUUCUGUAGGUUGUAACUAACAGGAGGCAAUGUGUAGUGUUUCAGUGGGGCCACUCUCCAUCGCUCUCUGAAUUACUUUCUGUAGGUUGUAACUAACAGGAGGCAAUGUGUAGUGUUUCAGUGGGGCCACUCUCCAUCGCUCUCUGAAUUACUUUCUGUAGGUUGUAACUAACAGGAGGCAAUGUGUAGUGUUUCAGUGGGGCCACUCUCCAUCGCUCUCUGAAUUACUUUCUGUAGGUUGUAACUAACAGGAGGCAAUGUGUAGUGUUUCAGUGGGGCCACUCUCCAUUGCUCUCUGAAUUACUUUCUGUAGGUUGUAACUAACAGGAGGCAAUGUGCAGUGUUUCAGUGGGGCCACUCUCCAUCGCUCUCUGAAUGACUUUCUGUAGGUUGUAACUAACAGGAGGCAAUGUGCAGUGUUUCAGUGGGGCCACUCUCCAUCGCUCUCUGAAUGACUUUCUGUAGGUUGUAACUAACAGGAGGCAAUGUGUAGUGUUUCAGUGGGGCCACUCUCCAUCGCUCUCUGAAUUACUUUCUGUAGGUUGUAACUAACAGGAGGCAAUGUGUAGUGUUUCAGUGGGGCCACUCUCCAUCGCUCUCUGAAUUACUUUCUGUAGGUUGUAACUAACAGGAGGCAAUGUGUAGUGUUUCAGUGGGGCCACUCUCCAUCGCUCUCUGAAUUACUUUCUGUAGGUUGUAACUAACAGGAGGCAAUGUGUAGUGUUUCAGUGGGGCCACUCUCCAUCGCUCUCUGAAUUACUUUCUGUAGGUUGUAACUAACAGGAGGCAAUGUGCAGUGUUUCAGUGGGGCCACUCUCCAUCGCUCUCCGAAUGACUUUCUGCAGACGUUCUGUAGGUUGUAACUAACAGGAGGCAAUGUGCAGUGUUUCAGUGGGGCCACUCUCCAUCGCUCUCUGAAUGACUUUCUGUAGGUUGUAACUAACAGGAGGCAAUGUGCAGUGUUUCAGUGGGGCCACUCUCCAUCGCUCUCUUUUCUUUCCAUCCUCUCCCUCUCUCUCUUCUUCUACCUCUCUCUACCCGAGAGGAAACCAGUGUGGCCACAGUAAACUAAAUGUAUUUGCAGAUAUGAUAUGAUGUAUGACAGCAGCCCUUCUCACCAACAUUACAUUCAACACUCUGAAUCUUGUCCUUUGCCAAACCAAGUGAUGUGGGGAUGGGUGGUGAGAAAAAUAAAGAAUUUCUUGCAAACAAA